UUUUCCCUCUUCAUAGGUAUUACACCCAUGAAUAGGUCAGCAACACAAGUUGUGACUGAGUUUGUCCUCCUCGGGUUCCCUGGUUGCUGGGAGAUACAGCUUUUUCUCUUCUCUUUUCUUCUGGUCGUUUAUAUCCUGACCCUGGUUGGGAAUGGAGCCAUCAUCUGUGCAGUGAGAUGGGACCCACGGCUCCAUACUCCCAUGUACUUCCUGCUGGGUAACUUUGCCUUCCUUGAGAUCUGGUAUGUUUCCUCUACUGUUCCCAAUAUGCUAACCAACAUUCUUUCCAAGACCAAGGCCAUUUCAUUUUCUCGUUGUUUCCUGCAGUUCUAUUUCUUUUUUUCCCUGGGCACUACUGAAUGUCUCUUCCUGGCAGUAAUGGCUUAUGAUAGAUACCUGGCCAUCUGCCGCCCACUACACUACCCCACCAUCAUGACUGGGCGGCUCUGUAGCAUGCUAGUGUCCCUCUGCUGGCUCACUGGAUUUCUUGGCUACCCAAUCCCAAUUUUCUUUAUCUCCCAACUUCCUUUCUGUGGUUCCAAUGUCAUCGAUCACUUCCUGUGUGACAUGGACCCACUCAUGGCUCUGUCUUGUGCCCCAGCCCCGAUUACUGAAUUUAUUUUCUAUACUGAGAGCUCUCUUGUCCUCUUUUUCACUGUUAUGUAUAUUCUUCGAUCCUAUACUCUGCUGCUCAGAACUGUUUUUCGAGUCCCCUCUGCCGCUGGCCGACGUAAAGCCUUCUCCACAUGUGGGUCUCAUUUGGUAGUGGUGUGUCUGUUCUACGGAACAGUCAUGGUAAUGUACGUGAGUCCCACAUACGGCAUCCCAACUUUGAUGCAGAAGAUCCUCACUCUAGUCUACUCAGUAAUGACACCUCUCUUUAAUCCACUGAUCUACAGUCUUCGCAAUAAGGAUAUGAAAUUUGCCCUGAGGAAUGUCCUGUGUAGAAUAAGAAUGAGCAAAAAUUCAUGA